CUAAACGCUAGAUGCGCUUAUGAUUGUUUUGUGUCAUCUCAGACAGUAUCUUGUGGCUCUCUCUGGACCAGAAAAAUGUAUGCAGCUGUGACGCUCCUCGUCUUCAUGUGCUUGGCUGUCACUACCCAUGCAGGACACCAUGUGCCAUGCGAUUCCCACAAUAUGUCAGGAUUCAUGACUGUGAUGAACUUAAAGGGUGAAUGGAAAGGAGGUGCAUUCACUUAUGAUUCAAUGGGUAAGAAACUACGGUUCAUAUCCAACGACAGCUUUCCCGUGAACACUUCACUUGGCUUGGAUUUGCUGAUGUUUUUUGACGAGGGAAUAUUCUAUGAGAUUGACAACACAAACCAGAGCUGUGAGAAAAAAGCACUGAACUGCACCAUGCAUCCUCUAGAUAUUCCUGAUGACGCCACAUUGUCAUCUACACUAAACUUUGGGAGGCCAUUCACUGAAGGGGAAGGCUUAACACUCAACAAGUGGACAGGCUCAAUGCCAGGCAUGAAAGGCCACUAUGCCAUUUAUGCAACAAGGGGAUGUGUGCCUGUGAACAUGUACUACUUCACUGAGUCCACAUCAUUCGUAUUCAGCACCAUCGACGUUGAACUCGAGAUCAAGAAUCAUGAUCUCCUCAUGGUGCCUUCCUUUUGUAAGGGACAGCCUGUGGAGCAGACACCUGAAGGGACAGUAAACAGUUUCCUCAAUGAGUUCAUGUAGAUGAAGCCUCACCAGCAGAAAAAUCAAACCCCUAUCCAAGUGUGACCUGCCUGAACUUUAGACUUCUCUUUCCUGCUCACGUGUGACUUGAAUUUUUCACUUCCCUGCACCACAUCUGUUUCCAUCAAAUCUUCCACUGCCCUAUGAAGAUAUGGCUUUGAAUGGAUCAUACUGUAUACAUAUAUUUUGAUGUAAAGGAAAGAGAUAUGACAUGGAUUAUAGAAGUAGUCAUAAUUACUAACAGUUGGUGGCUUUUCAAGUUGGUAUUGCUUACAAAAUUUGUAAGAUAUGAUUAAUGGAACAAUAAACUGCCAAAGCUGUCAAAAGUGUAA